CUGAACUCUGACUGACUGCACCACCAAAAUGAGUUAUUAGGAAACAGAAAUCUCCACAACGAAAUUUGCCUUAUUUAUGGCACUGUCAGAGUACACAAAAGUCACUCAGCCACUCAUCAAGGAAUGACAGCAGGUAAACUUACUCCACCACAACCAGUCUCACCGCAAGAAACUCAACCACCGAUUGUUUGAACAGGGUGCUCUGCAGCCGCUGACCGAUUUUGCAUUAGUAGUAGAUCGACGCUCUGCGGCCCUAAAGAAUCAGAGAUGUCCGACAAUGGUGCCUCAGCGAUCAACCUUCUGUCUUAUGAGACACUGGUACACGCCGUGGCAGGUGCAGUGGGUAGCAUGACGGCGAUGUCCGUCUUCUUUCCUUUGGAUACAGCGAGGAUCAGACUUCAGGUGGAUGAGAAUCGGAAGUCCAAAUCGACUGCCAUUCUCCUGGCUGAAAUAGCAAAGGAGGAAGGCCUGUUGUCUCUGUACAGAGGCUGGUUCCCAGUCAUCUCCAGUCUGUGCUGCUCCAACUUUGUCUACUUCUACACCUUCAACACACUGAAGAAAGUCAUGGUGGGUAAUCAGGGCCGGUCCAGCCCGGGAAAAGACCUCCUCAUGGGCUUCAUCUCAGGGGCAGUGAACGUGCUCCUGACCACACCCAUGUGGGUGGUCAACACCCGGCUCAAGCUGCAGGGGGCAAAGUUCAGGAACGAAGACCUCCAGCAGACACACUACAGAGGCAUCUUUGAUGCUUUCUCGCAGAUCAUAGCCAGCGAGGGAGUGGGGACUCUUUGGAAUGGUACACUGCCUUCUCUGGUGCUGGUCUUCAACCCUGCAGUCGUGUUCAUGUUCUAUGAAGCCAUGAAGAGGAAAGCAGGCCGAGGAGGGAGGAAGAUUACAUCAGCAGAGAUCUUUCUCAUUGGAGCUGUGGCCAAGGCCAUCGCUACCACGGCGACGUAUCCCCUGCAGACCGUCCAGGCCAUUCUAAGGUUUGGGCAGCACAAAGCUGAGGGCAAGGGAGGUCUACUGGGCAGUCUCCGAAACAUGGUCUACCUACUUAUGGACAGAAUCAAGAGGCAUGGUGUGCUGGGCUUAUACAAAGGCCUGGAGGCCAAACUGCUCCAGACGGUACUAACGGCAGCCCUCAUGUUCGUGGUGUACGAGAAGAUCACCGCAGCCACUUUAAAGGUCAUGGGCAUCAACAAGAAACUGAAGCACUGAGGGUUGAUCAAGCCCCUAGACCUCAACCUGCACUGGCUAUACAACGGUGGUCACCCCCCACUCUGGUCCUGGAGAGGAGCUCACAGGGUGUGCUGGGUUUUGUUCCUGCCCAGCAAUGAAACCCCUGGUUCAACGUUCAGAUUGACCUAUAGAUGUUACCACGUAUCUGGAACUUGAUUCAGGUGUGUUUUGCACUGGGUUAUGACAAAAGCCUACACACCUGUCUCCAAGAUGAGGGUUGGUGACCACUGGGCUACUGACUCCCCAUCCCAACUUCCCUUUCCUCAAUCCCAACAUACACCUCAACCAGAGAUGGUGUCUCCUCUCUUUUCCCCUUACACUCAGGGGUUUAUUCCACACACUAUUCAUAUGUCUUCCCUACGCUGCCAAUAUGGGUGAAUCUCUCUGGAAACGGUUGUACAUGGUCUUAUAGGAGGUGCCAUAACUGUCUAGCGUAUGCGUUCUGUGGCAAUUGUAUUAUACCUGAAUGAAUGGCAUUACAUUUGAAGCUUGUUAUGCUUUCUCCACCACUAUUACUUUGUAGUGCUGAUAACAACUAGCAGUUUUACUAGCCACCUUUUUUUGGCUUAGACGUUGUCUUGCCAAAUAGUUGUUUAGCAAGACGAUGCCAAACAACUAUUUGCUUAACAAGCUUGGACAAUGCCCAAGCUAGUGAAUAGCAAUAUUCUCAAGGAUGUUGAGGGCUUGAGUGAAGCAUCAAGGCAUUUGCAAACAUGACUGUAUUCUAUUUAAAAGUCUGUAUAUACUCUCCUUCAGCCCUGUGUUAAGACCACUGCAAACCCUUCCGGAGAGUUGUUACUGCUCUUCAAAAGUAGGUGUUGAUUUCUCAGCUGGCUGUGACAGUUUGGUGCCUACAGUUGAAGUUGGAAGUUUACAUACACCUUAGCCAAAUAGAUUUAAACUCACAAUUCCUGACAUUUAAUCUCAGUAAAAAUUCACUGUAUUAGGUCAGUUAGGACCACCACUUUUUAUUUUAAGAAUGUGAAAUGUCAGAAUAAUAAGAGUGAUUUAUUUCAGCUUUUAUUUAUUUCAUCACAUUCCCAGUGGGUUAGAAGUUUACAUACUAAUUGAGUGUAUUUGGUAGCAUUGCCUGUAAAUUGUUUAACUUGGGUCAAACAUUUCAGGUAGCCUUCCACAAGCUUCCCGCAAUAAGUUGGGGGAAUUUUGGCCCAUUCCUCCUGACAGAGCUGGUGUAACUGAGUCAGGUUUGUAGCCCGCCUCACUCGUACAUGCUUUUUCAGUUCUGCCCACAAAUGUUCUAUAGGAUUGAGGUCAGGGCUCCGUGAUGGCCACUCCAAUACCUUGACUUUGUUGUCCGUAAGCCAUUUUGCCACAACUUUGGAAGUAUGCUUGGUGUCAUUAUCCAUUUGGAAGACCCAUUUGCAACCAAGCUUUAACUUCCUGACUGAUGUCUUGAGAUGUUGCUUCAAUAUAUCCUAAUACUUUUCCUCAUGAUGCCAUCUAUUUUGUGAAGUACACCAGUCCCUCCUGCAGCAAAGCACCCCCACAACAUGAUGCUACCACCCCCGUGCUUCACGGUUGGGAUGGUGUUCUUCGGCUUGCAAGCGUCCCCCUUUUUCCUCCAAACAUAAUGAUGGUCAUUAUGGCCAAACAGUUCUAUUUUUGUUUCAUCAGACCAGAGGACAUUUCUACACAAAGUACGAUAUUUGUCCCCAUGUACAGUUGCAAACCGUAGUCAGUUUUUUUAUGGCGGUUUUGGAGCAGUGGCUUCUUCCUUGCUGAGCGGCCUUUCAGGUUAUGUCGAUAUAGGACUCGUUUUACUGUGGAUAUAGGUACUUUUGUACCGGUUUCCUCUAGCAUCUUCACAAGGUUCUUGGAUUGAUUUGCACUUUUCGCACCAAAAUACGUUAAUCUCUAGAAGACAGAACGCGUCUCCUUCCUGAGCGGUAUGACGGCUGCGUGGUCCCAUGGUGUUUAUACUUGCGUACUAUUGUUUGUACAGAUGAACAUGAUACCUUCAGGCAUUUGGAAAUUGCUCUCAAGGAUGAACCAGACUUGUGGAGGUCAAACAUUUUUUUGAGGUCUUGGCUGAUUUUCUUUUGAUUUCCCCAUGAUGUCAAGCAAAGAGGCAUUGAGUUUUAAAGUCGGCCUUGAAAUACAUCCACAGGUACACCUCCAAUUGACUCAAAUUAUGUCAAUUAGCCUAUCAGAAGCUUCUAAAGACAUUACAUAAUUUUCUGGAAUUUUCCAAGCUGUUUAAAGGCACAGUCAACUUAGUGUAUGUAAACUUCUGUCCCACUGGAUUUGUGAUACAGUGAAUUAUAAAUGAAAUAAUCUGUCUGCAAACAACUGUUGGAAAAAUGACUUGUGUCAUGCACAAAGUAGAUGUCCUAACCAACUUGCCAAAUAUUUACCUUUGUAUUGCCUUUUAAUGAAGCCAGUCAACCAUUUCUCACAGUCUUAUGAUUUAAUUCAGAAUACAAUAAUGAUUAUUCUAAAUACUUCUCUUAUUUAAAACAAGUUUUCCCCAACCACCUAACAAGGAACAACUCUGGGCCCUAGUUAUUAUUAAAAUACCGGUUGACCAUAAGAGUUUAACCUAGAAGAAUGUCUGCAAGACAAAAGGCUACUUUUAUUUAUUUAGGUUUUCGGUAUAAGAUGAGUGUUACGUCAUGUUUCACAAACUGUAGCCAGGAAUGUUCAGUCAGUUUUACCUCAUUGCUGCUCAACAGGUUUGUCUUCAUUAGGGACCAACCGGACUGAAACAGGGAGGGACUACAUGAACUUGUUCAAUAAGAAACCCUCAUUUUUAUUUUACGUUGCACUAACGUUUUCUGUUUUAUGCCCUAAUGAACAUAACCAAGAUGAAAAGGAGAGUUGGUUGGGUCUGUCUAUAGAGAAAUCGGAUAAAUACUUAAAAAUAUUUUUGACAUUUAGAUAAAAAUCUUAAUCUCUAGAUUGGAUCAACAUUUUUCCAAAUUGAAACGCAUAGUAUACAUUUUCUAUGCUAUCUUGGAAUAUAUCUUGUCUACUUAACUUGCACAGAACAUGUGAAGGGGUUUAUAUUAAAAUCUAAACUAGUUAAAUGAAAAUGGGCCAACUAGAAGAAUCAAUACAUGUGCAUUUUGCAAUCUAUGUAAUGUUGUCAUGCAUUGUCAUUGUUCACUGGAAUUCUUGGGCCUGUACUUUUUAUGCUAAGUGCCUCCAAACCUAGGAACUAGCGAUGGUGAUGGACCAGAUCUGUUGAUCGCACUGUAAAGACUGAUGACACACAUCACAUUCUGAUUGUGCUGAUCAGUAGUCAAAUCUGUUAUGUCUUAAAAUCAGUAGUUCAUACAACCCAUAAUCUGCUGCCUUGCCUAGUCAGUAGGCUAUGUAUGUAGAUUGGAUGUUCAGAAUGAUAUGAACAGUAUGUGACCUGUACUAAGAAAGCUGACUGUCUUCCACAGCAAUAAAUUAUACAAGUUAUAAUAA